AUGCCGUCCUCCAACCAACCUGAUGACAUGCAAUCAGUGCAUAACCUGGGCCCGGCCGGCCAACAGGUUAUGAGCCCAAGCGCUCAGGGCUUGGCUUUGGAUGGGGACGAUCGAGGUCCCGACUACGGCGGUGAGGCUGAUGUGAGCGGAAUGGAUGGUGGCCAACGCGGGGUACUGAUGAAUGGUGUUGCUGGAUUUCGGGAUCAGCGGGCGCUUUCGACCUAUGGGUCGGUGGCGCCCCCUGACUCUGUUGCUGACGCCGCACGUAUCCCUGGGCCGACUGCAGCUUCUGUUUCGGAUGCCACGACAGCUGAUGACACCGGACCGGGCGCGACGACAAACGUGGGACACGCAUACACUAGGAAUGCGGAUGUACGCAUUCUGACGGAACUGUUGGAUGGUUCUCCACGGGCAGCGGGCGCCAACACAAUGGGCCAGUAUGGAUUGCACGCCUUGGAGAGUUUCUUCAACGCCUCAACGCAGGGUGACUCAAGCGAGGGCUAUCUUGGAGAGGACGACGAGGCAGACUCCGACCCUUUCCCCGCCAGCGAGUUGGACCCAGGACUAAAGGACGCCAGGAGGCCUUGGAAGAAGAAAACAACCGACUUCGAGGUUCACUGCGGCAACGGGACACGAAUCAACUUGAUGGUGGCAGCAAUCUGGUGGGACCUCCAGGAGAUCCUGAGCACACGCUCGUUACGCCUCCCGGACUUGAGCGAGGUGGUGGAGUGGGUUCUGACCUUAUGGGUGGAGGCAAUCCUGCUGGACUACCACGACAUGCUGAAGUCGUUCAGGGUGAAGUUGGUGUGCAACGUGUACGCGCAGAAGAGCAAGCGAGGCAUCCAUGGGCUUCUGCGUGUGAACCUCUUGGCCUUGGACAUGGAAGGCAGUCAGGGGGAGCAGGAGUUUCCCAGGAGGACUUCGGAGCCUGAGGUGGUGAAACCGGGUCGGGUUGACCUCCCGCGUCUCGCCGAAGCAUCGGAUACGAGUGCCAUAGAUGUGGGGGACUGGCUUCACAGCCUCAUGAACCCGAUGGGCGACCUCUCCAACUCCUCCUCUUCUUGGCGGCACGCAGUUCUCACAUCCCUCGAGGCCUAUUACCAGGCAUACUUGCGAGCUUCCACUCGAGACAAGCUGAGUUUGAGGCCGGAGACGUUUGCCUGCGCUGAGGUUGGAGACAGCAAGUGGUCGAGCGUGGACAAACGAGCAGCAUCCAUGAUCCUGGCUAGUCUUCCAGAGUCGGUGAAGGGUGAGAUCAUGGCGGCAAGGCUUUCCGGCACGCUACAGAUCUUGGCUCGGGCGAUGGUGCUCUAUCGACCAGGAGGAGCAGCGGAGCGACAGCAAGUGUUGAAGGCCUUGGAAAGUCGGCCGUUGAAGCGCUGCGUCGGUGGUCUCGUUGGCUGA